AUGUACAACUACAAAAAGAUUGUUGGCAUGUUGGCCAUGGUGAUGAUAAUGGUCGUAUCAAUGGGAGGAAAGGUCAACAGUCAAGAGAUUCAAGACCGUUUCUUUAAUUACACCUAUCACGAUAUUGCCACUGGGUCUGGCGAUCUCAUCCCAUCGUUGAUUACCUAUGCCUACAAUGCAUCAUACAGCAACCAACAAACAUUGGUUGUCAUCAACGAAAGAAACAUAUACUAUCCAGCUAUUGCAACUUUUGACACGGUUGCCAGUGGUCAACCCAUCAACGUUGCCAGCUUUUUCAACUAUGCAGAUGUGCCACCCUACACUGACACUGUCACUGCAAUGGUCCAAGUCGGCCAAUACGUCUAUGCUGCUGGUUACAACAGUAUCUACAGACUCGACUUACUCGAAGGUGUCACCAACUCGACUCUCCCCAACACCAUCAUCGACGCAAUCGGAGGUUUCUACUUUAACAACAAAGUCUACUUUGUUUGCACAAGCAACAUCUUUUACUUUACUCAUGAUGCCAACGUUCCACUCUCAACUACCAAUACUCCAACCUCUAGUUUUUCAAUUGGUACUGAUCAAGCUUCUUCAUGGGUUGUUGAUACAAGUGCAGGAUAUCUCUUUGUUGGUGGAUCAGCUGGUCAUAUUGCUGUCAUUAACUUGAAUACCAAUACUUUGGUCGGUGAAUACUUGCCACCAUCAUCGGAAGCUGGUUACAGCAGACAAUCGACUCUUAUCGAUACCAGAAAGAGAGAGAUUUACUCUUGUUCAGGCUCGACCGACUUGGUCACCCAAAUGGAUGUCUUUACCUAUGAAGCAACCAUCACCGACAUGACCGACUUUGUAUUCAACUCUUCACAUGCUUUCAAUGAUUUGAGUGCUUGUAAUGGUGGUGCUUAUGAUAGUACUCAAGGACAAAUUUUCUUUAUUGGACCAUCAUCAAUCAACAUUAGAGCUAUUAUUGGUAUUGGACCAAGAGGACAAGAACAAGAAAUCCAUUAUUUCUAUGAUGAUACUCAAUCUUUACGUGUCUACACUGCAUGGGCCAACGCAGACACCAAGCAAGUGACCGUCGUCACCGACUCUCAAUUGUAUAGCAUCAACUACAAGUCUGUUUGUCCAGAUAACUGUAAUGGUGUUGGUGCUUGUAUCGAUGGUGCCUGUAUCUGUCCAGCCGAUGGAACUUAUAAUGGAACUUAUUGUGAAAUUAAAACAUGUAUUGAAUUAAAUGAUUGUAGUGGAAAUGGUGAAUGUUCAAAUGGUAUUUGUAAUUGUGAUCCAAAUUAUCUGGGAGCCGAUGAUUGUAGUGUAAAGUCUUGUUAUUAUGACUGUUCAGGUGCCGGUACUUGUAACAAUCAAACCUAUACUUGCACCUGCAAUGAAGGAAAGACUGGAGACUAUUGUCAAAACAUUGCUCCACCACCAGUGUGUGAGACUAUUACUAGCAGCCAAAACUGUGUUGAUCACGUCUAUUGUGGUUGGUGCGAGUCGUCGGGCAGCUGCAAGACUGGUAACCGUUAUGGUCCAGCCGAAGGUUUCUGUCGUACUUGGUAUUUCAACCAAAAUGUAGAGAUUGGUGUGAUUGUGCUUGCCGCCAUCUUUAUCGGUUUGAUCGGCUUGUUGUUUGUCAAUGACAUUGUGUCGACCGUGCCAUUGGAUAUGGGUCGUGCCAAGGCCUACGAGGUCGAGUUCCGUACCGGUACCUAUCCCAAGGCUACCCACGAGGAGGCAUCUGUGUUGUGGUGGAGAGACCAACGUUCGUCCAAGGCCUGGACAUUGAUGGAUCAGUUCCAAUUCAUCUCGCUCAUUUCGCACAUGGGUGUCAUCUUCCCAUCACGUUUCCUUCAUUUCACAGAGUACCUUGAUUGGACUAACCUCGGUAUUCCAUUCCCAUCGUCGGUCAAGUUGCCCGAAGAGUCGUUCCCAUCGCGUGACAACUACGAUGCUACCAGUCGUUCAACACUCACCUAUGCUCAAUACAACAAUGUACUCGAGUCUGGUUCCAUGUAUCAUUUGGCCAACAUCCUCUUUUGGUUUGGUAUCUUGUGCGCUGCCAUCCUCGUGCCAUUGGCCAUCGUGUUUGUCGUGCUCAAGUUUAUCGAGUCCAAGGUGCACUGGCGUGAAGUCAUCCGUAACCGUAUCAUCCAUUGCACCAUCCGUCUCUUGACGUUUGGAUACAUUGGUGUUGUCAUGGCCGCUUCCUUCUCGGUCGCUGCCGACCCCCACUCGUACAAGAUCAUCAUUCCAGGUGCCAUCUUGAUUGCUCUCUACGGUAUCGGUAUGCCCGUCGCCAUUUGGUUCCUCUUGGCCGUCCCCGAAGCACGUCUCCACAACCCAACCUUUAAGCAACAAUUUGGAUGUCUCUACGUCAACUUUAAGCCAAAGACUGACCACCGUUUCGUCGUCUUCUCCUACAUCAAACGUUUCUUUAUGGCCCUCAUCAUCGGUGUCUUGGCCUUUACCCCCGAGCCUGUCUAUCCACUCUCUGGCUCUGACCUUGCCGUACCUAUUGUCCAAGCCGUCGUCAUUGCCCUCGUCAUCAUUGGCUAUGCCGUCCUGCUCAUCAUCCGUCGUCCAUACUUUGACCACUACCACCAAUGGCUCGAAUAUCUCUUGGCCAUCAUCAACUUGGCCACCGUCGGUCUCUGUCUCUCGCACAUCAAGUCGCCAUCUGUGGCCGGAGAGCUCCUGGUUGGCCUCGUCCAAGCCAUCGCCUUGGUCGCCUGCAUCUUUGCCUACAUCAUCUCAUGGUUGCAAAUGCGUUCUACUUUCCUUGCCAAGAUUAGCAAGAUCUUCUCCUUCUGUAAAUGUGGUCGUAAAGAUAAGAAUAUCGAUAUGAAUAAUAUCGACAAAUAA